AUGUAUCUAAUCAAUAGCUUCACAAGAAUAACAGAUGUAGCACUUAGUACCGGUGAAAUGGCUGGUAUAUUGCAACGUGUAGCAGAAUUGAUUCGUAUAUGCAAACAUAUGGACAAUAAUAAAAUUGGAUACGAUGAUUUUAUAGCUGAUUCAGUAUUUACAAAAGCUGAUACUAAUCAGUGUAUGAUAUAUGAUAUCCAUAAUAUUAGCUAUUCAUUACCAAAUCAUUAUCCCACUCAAAAGUUACUUAAUGAUUUUUCGUUUACAAUUAAUAGAGAUGCAAGAAUUUGGAUAAUAGGUGCUAGUGGAAGUGGAAAAACUUCACUCAUACGAGUAUUAUCACAAUUAUGGCAAUAUGAAACUGGAUAUAUUAGAUUUGGAAUAAAACGUGGACAAAUUUUGCGCCUAUCACAUACACCUUAUUUUCCUUGUGGUCAUUUAAGUUUAUUUCAGCAAAUUAGCUUUCCGGCAACAGGCAUUUCAGAGAGUCUUAAAAAGAUUGAUAAUGAUUAUGCUUCAAUUACGAUCAUUUUGAAGGAAUUAAAACUUGAUUGGUUAAUUGAACGUUGUGAAGGUCUUUUUAAUCCGGUUGAAUUUGAAUGGCAAGAUACAUUAACACGAAGUGAACAACAACGACUUGCAUUUGCCCGAGUGUUGUAUCAACAACCACAAUUUGUGAUCUUAGAUGAAUCAAGCAGUUCUAUCGACUUAGAGAUCGAAGAACACAUCUAUCAACUUCUUAUUUCGAAUAAUAUUGGCUUUAUAUCAAUUGGUCAUCAUCCAUCUUUCACUAAAUUCCAUGAUACGAUUCUACACCUGGAUGGUUGUGGUAAUUACACAAUUCGAUCAUUGAAAUCAUUUAGUCCAACUUCCACCAUUGAUGCAAUCAAUUCCAAUGAUCUUUCAGAUUUCACUUAA